CACACAUCCAGACAUUCGGUAGUCGGCCUUAUCAGUUUCUUAUCAGCCGGUCGAGCACUGUUUGGGAACCGGGACCAAAGCCGUUUCAAAUCGGGCUGUGAAUUUAGUCGCUUGCCGUUGCUCUCGGUGAAAUGUUGAACAUACUGCUCUUCUGGUUUUUACUCCACAUAUUUGGCCUCAUCCAAGGGCGUUCUGUGGGUGAAGGGUUUGAGAACUUGGACGACGAGUUUUUGAUGCCCCAGCCAGAUUCCACUAUAUUUGCCCAUAAUCAAACUGAUAAGGAAUUACCCUGGGACCUCACCUGGAACUGAAUACGUACAUAUUUGUAGAUAAAGUGACUUGUAAUUGUAUAAACAUAUAUUGUAGCUUUUAUUCAAUAAAUACUAGGCAGCUCUUUAAGUAAUUGCCUAGAACCUAAAGGUA